GUUAUCAACAACCUCAAAAUCAUGGGUUUCAUCUUCCUUCAUUAUACUGGUAGUGCUUGGCAUAAUAGGUGUCACUGCCGCAAUAUUGGUGCAGAUGCUUAGUCAACAAAAUCAUCAGCAUCAUGUUUCAGUUCAUGAUUCAAGUGAUAUAGUGCAACAUCCAGGUGAAGAGCUAAGGAUUCUUUUGGUUGGAAAAACAGGUGUGGGGAAAAGUGCAACAGGCAACACUAUUUUGAGGGAAAAGUUUUUUAAAUCCGAGAUAUCAUCCUCCUCUGUGACCGGGGAGUGUGAAAAAUAUAAUGCAAGAAUAAAUGGCAGAAAAGUAUCUGUCAUUGACUCUCCAGGUCUUUUUGACACCAGCCUGACUGAAGAUGAGGUGGUCAACAGAAUUAAACUCUGUAUCCCUCUCUCUGCUCCUGGUCCACAUGUCUUCUUAGUUGUGGUUCAGCUGGGCAGAUUCACAGAUGAAGAAGCAGAAGCUGUUAGAAUCAUUCAAGCUGUUUUUGGUGAGGAAUCUUCCACAUACACCAUGGCGCUGUUCACUCAUGGAGAUCGACUGGAGGGCAAAAAUAUUCACACAUUUGUGCGGGACAACCCAAAACUGCUCAAUUUCAUCAAAACAUGCAGUGGACGAUACCAUGUGUUCAACAAUAAAGAACAAAACCCUGAACAGGUCACUCAGUUGCUCGACCAGAUUGAUAAAAUGGUCACUGGGAAUGGUGGUCAAUACUACACCAGUGAGAUGCUUGAAAGGGCUGAGAGAGCGAUUGAGGAAGAGAAACAACGUAUCCUGAAGGAGAAUGAGGAGCAGAGACAGAGGGAGACAGAAGCUCUGAGGACUCAACUUGAAGGCGAGGCCCUUAAAAAAGCUGAAGAACAGUUGAAGGAUAAACAUGAGCAGGAGGCAAGACGGCAAGCUGAGAGAAGCACUUCAAUUUUUGGUCAAAUCUUUGAAUUUGUGGCCUAUUGUGUGAAGAAAUUAUUUAAGUUAGGCUAA